AUGGCGUGGCAGCCGCAUCUCUCCCCUCUCGCCGCCUUCGAGCGCGACGGCACCCUCCCUCCCUACGAGCCCAGCCGAUUCUCCUCCAACCCCGCCUUGGACGAGUGCUUCAUCAAGGCGGUCUACGACGGCGACCUCCGCCUCGUCAAGAGGGCGGUGAGGGCGGUGGGCAGAGGGGCGGAGGGCCGUCGCCUCGCCGACAAGCUGGGGGCGGUCAGGGACGGCUUCGGCAACGGCUUGCUGCACUCCGCCGUCCUCGGCGGCAGCCUGCCCAUGUGCCGCUACCUCGUCGAGGACCUCCGGAUGGAUGUCGAUGACGUAGGCCUCAUGGGCGAAACACCUUUCACCGUUGCUGUUGCCCGGGGGAAUAUGGAACUGGUGAGUUACUUUCUUGAUCAAGGUGCUGAUAAAGAAAGGCUCAACGAUGAUGGGUAUACCCCUCUCCAUUUGGCCACCGGGAAAGGAGUUGAAAUGGUAGACCUCUUACUCUCCAAAGGCGCUAACCCCAAUUCACUAAAUCAUGGUGGGACAGCACUGCAUCUUGCUGCUAUCCAUGGCCAGGAUGAUAUUAUGAAGGUUUUGUUGGACCACCAUGCAGAUGGGAUGUGGACGCCUAUUGAAGCUAAGGACCAGAAUGGAGAAUAUCAAUUUUGGUUCUCUCACUAUCGGUACAACAUCUGA